GCCGGUUCCCAAGGUGUCCGCCCCUCGGCUCGCCGCCCCACGCCACCGGACGGGGAGACCGGAGACCUGGCCAAGAGCUUAGAAGGGUAGAGGGAAAAGAUAUUUUUCCUCCCCUACAGUUUCCAGUGAGCAUGAAGGGAUGGCUGGGACACCCUGCUUGCUCCAGAGCCUACAGGUGGGACUUUGGGAAAACGGACAGAAGUCAAUGAAAGGGUCAAGAAAUUGGAGCAUGGCUGUUAACAAUGGGAGCAACGAUUUUAUGGUUCUGAGCAAUGGCAGCAUUGCAAAUGGUGCUACCAACCCUGUGCCACUCACCUCCUGGGAAGGAGACCUUGCAGCCUGGCAGCCUGACUCCCAGGAGGCACUAAGAACAAAAGUGAGUCCCAAUGGGUGCCUGCAAGUUAAUGGCACAGUGAAGCCAUCCCUGCUACCUUUAGACAACCAAAGAGUGCCUCAGAUGUUACCCCAGUGCCGCCAUCCUUGCCCAUGCCGCCACCCUUUGCCUAGCCAUGGCAGGUACCAGGAGAGCGUUCCCGACACUAGUUUGGCAGUGCCUUUGGCUUCAUGCUGUGUGCAGCCACCCCCAGAGCACUGUGCAGCUCUCCGCCCGAGCUGCUCACCUGUGUAUCAGACCGCGUGCUGUCUACAGACCUCUCCACCCUUCUGCCUGCACCAUCCAUGGCCUAGCCAUUCACAGCCUCAGCCUGUGCAACAGCUCACAGCCAGUGUAAGACCUUCCAGACCUUUCAAGUUACCAAAAAGAGUAAACCCAGUAAUAAGGUGGCUGAGAAUCUAUGAAUAUAUUUGAGGGACUUCCCAUUGGAACUCCAGCAUGGCAGUAACCACCUGGGCCAGAUGCCAGGCAACUCACCCACCCACUCGGACCCAUAGUUCACCCACAAGCAUGUUUCAUUUGCUCUGCUCCCUUGCAGGAGGGCGAGACAGCCUGCUGCGAGGAUGCUAUGAACUCUCAGACAGCCGCGCUGGAUGGCGCCGCUGGCCCUAACAUGGGUGCUGGUGCAGGGGUAGGACCCCUGCUUGCUCACUGGGAACAGCUGUCUGCUUUACCCCAGGUGUUGCAGAGGCAGACUGCACCUACAGUUAUGUUGUGUGUUAUCUAAAGAUUCCCAAAUUGGAACAGGAGGGUGAAAGACAAGUACUAUAUGAUGCAGGAGAGCAAUUACAGUGAAAGGAAUCACCCUGUGACAGGGCUUUAAUGCACAUGUGGCUCACUUUACAAAGAAAAUACUGUGCUAGUACUUUAUUCCUUAGCUUAGUCAGUUACGCACCCUGAACCUAGAAUCCCCAGCAGCAGACUCGAUGAAAAAGCAUGGCUUUGUAAUUUCCUGAACUCCAAUUUUCCUUUCUUAGGUUUUCAUCUUAAUAUCACAACUGUUGUCUGUGUUUCACAUUGUACAUGAAGCGCUUGUUUCCAUGCAGUACCCAUUGCUGUGCUCAUCUUAAUGCAGACAGCAGGAAGAGCAGAAGUACCCUCUGCAGUGUCAUGGGACACAGGGGAAACACUUGUCCAUGUGAAAUCUGCCCUGAAUAGAUGAAGCUUUACCUGAUGGCACCUUAUGCCCUCAAGAUGGUGACUCCAUUUCUUAAGUGUGAACGGUUGUCACUCAGGUUAGCAUGUGGACCAUCUGCUGUGUGAGGAAGUAGAAUUGUAAUAUGAUAAGGUUAAAUGGGCUAAGCCCACUGAUGCUAUAAAGUUUCCAUAUGUAGGCAGUGCACAUACAUGGUGUACAGAAGUGUUGUAAAAUCAAAACCAAAUGUUUUCAAAGGGAAGAAAAGCAAUUACUGAGCCAGGUAUUUAAGGCUGCUGUGCAUGUAUGUGCAGAUUUUUCAAGAACACAAAACAAAAAGUCAUUAUAUGAGUAGAUUAAACCACAGUAUGAAAAGUUAGUAAUUUGGGGUCCACUGCCCUCUACUGAUAACAUGUUUCUAGGUAAAAAUGCGCAAUUUCUGGUUCAUCUGAAAGAAAAU